UAGAUGAGUCCAUACUAGAAGAAGCAGAUGCAUCCGAGGAAGUGGAGGCUCAGGAAGCAGAUUCGGGGAAAAAGUUGGAGCCCGGUGAAGAGAAUGAAAUAGAUGUCCUGUCCCCUCACCCCCUUACCCUCCACAGGAGAGCUAGACGAGCAAUACGCCAUCCAGGCCCUGGAUGAAACGACGUGCAUCUACUGCGAUCUGACGCUGUCUGAUGCUGCAGAGGUAGAAGAGCACGUUCGCUCCGUCCACGGCCUAGAGCCGCGAACGGGGCUCCGACUGCAAGAGUGCAAUAUGUGCGGCGCCACGCUCACACACGACGUGCUGGAUCACAUCAAUAGAUGCCACGGCGGCAGUACGGGGGAUAACCGCCGCUACCCGUGCCACUUCUGUGACAACGUGUACACCAGCAGGAAAGCCUGCUACACACACCUCCGUAUGAAACACGGCUUAAAACUCAGCAACGACCAAACGCCAAAGUACACGCCCCGCGAACGCAAGAAAUGCCACAUUUGCGACCGAGACUUCAGUCAGAAGCAGAUUUUGAACAAACAUCUCUGGAAGGUGCAUGGCUAUGAGGUGGAGAAACGCAAGGCGUUCCUGUGCCCUCUGUGUCCAAAUCGAGUGAGCUACGGCGCUCAGUUCAGCCGGCACUUACUCACGGAGCACAGAGUGAGAGAACACGUGGAAAGGCUGCAUCUACACUCCAUGGAUGAGUUCAUGUUAUUCAAAAGCGCCAUUCAAGAGGAGACCAAGUAUCGUUUCCGGAAGACAACAGCCAGCAAACAGACGAUAGAGGGCGUGCGAUCGCACUAUAUGUGCAGCCAAUCCGGAGUGUAUGUAUGUCAGGGUAAAGGCAAGCGUCCAGCGCCGGAGCGGCAAAUCUACAAGACGGGCAAAGCGUGCCCCGCGCACAUGAUCGUCACCGAAACCACCGAGGGCGUUCUCGUCACCUUCCACAAGACGCACGUGGGCCACGGCCCUUGCCCCUACUACCAACCGCGCGAAACCAAGAAACCCAAACCAGAGACAAUCUCCACUCUCCCACCGGAACCGGAUCCAGAGCCGGAACCGGAAGAGAGCGCCGGAUUCGACGCGGCUUGGAUUUGCGACUCCUGCGGCAUGGCGUUCAUGGACGCCAGCGAGUUCAGAGAACACGUGGCUACGCACGGGCUAGUGCUGUUCCCGUGCCAGUACUGCGAGAGUGUGAGUCUCUACUACUUAUGUGGCCUUCGUACCAAAGACGUAUGGAAAGAUGUCAAAAUAGAAGAUUUCUCGUAUUUUGUCAUCUAA